AUGGCCGCGCCAGCUGAAACAGCUGUGCUGGUAUCCCGUGGGACUCCUACAGCUGGGAAUUUCCUGGUGGAAAUGUGGGGGACUUGUAGCUUAGAAAUGAUGUGGAAUGAGGAGGAGAAAAGAACAGGACAGAGAAUGGAGGAGUUGCAGUCCCAGAUCUCCGACACGUCUGUGGUGCUGUCCAUGGACAACAGCCGCUCUCUGGACAUGGACAGCAUCAUUGCCAAGGUCAAGGCGCAGUACGAGGAGAUCGCCAACCGCAGCCGGGCUGAGGCGGAGAGCAUAUACCAGAUCAAGUAUGAGGAGUUGCAGAUGCUGGCUGGGAAGCACGGGGAUGACCUGCGGCGUACGAGGACUGAGAUCUCCGAGAUGAACCGGAACAUCAGCCAGCUCCAGGCUGAGAUCGAGGGCCUCAAAGGCCAGAUGGCUUCCCUGGAGGCCGCCAUUAGCGAUGCUAAGCAUUGCGGGGAGCAGGCACGCAAGGAUGCUCAUACCAAGCAGCAGGAGCUGGAGUCCGCCCUGCAGCGGGCCAAGCAGGACAUGGCAAAGCAGCUGCGUGAGUACCAGGAGCUGAUGAAUGUCAAACUGGCCCUGGACAUCGAGAUCUCCACCUACCGCAAGCUACUGGAGGGCGAGGAGAGCCGGCUGGAGUCCGGGAUGCAGAACAUGAGUAUCCACACGAAGACCACCAGCGGCUAUGCAGGUGGUCUGAGCUCUGCCUAUGGGGGCCUCACAAGCCCUGGCCUCAGCUACGGCCUGGGCUCCAGCUUUGGCUCUGUCACGGGCUCCAGCUCCAUCAGCCGCACCAGCUCCACCAAGGCUGUGGGUGUGAAGAAGAUUGAGAUCCGCGAUGGGAGGCUGGUGUCCGAGUCCUCUGACAUCCUGCCCAAGUGAACAGCUGCAACAGCCCCUCCCAGCCUGCCCCUCCUGAGGCUGCCCCAGAGCCCAGGAGGGAGGUUGCUGUGCAGGGGAGCGCAGGGAACAGGAGACCCACCUGACGCUCAGCCCUAGCCCUCAGCCCACCGGCGGGGAGUUUACUGCCUGGGGACCCCCCUUGCCCAUGCCGCCAGUUGCAAAACAAUUCAAUUGCUUUUUUUUUUUUUGGUCCAAAAUAAAAUCUCAGCUAGCUCAGAAAAAAAAAAAAAAAAAGAGGGAGCUACUAAGUCAUGUCUUAUAUUGACAGCCACUACUUUUGAGUGGCGUAUGCCCCCUCAUUAUUCCUCCCUCUACUCUCUGUGUUUAACUUUUGAUUCUUUUCUAGCUUUUUUCUUUCAAUUUUGCACUUUUGUUAAAUGAAGGUUUCACAUAUUAGCUUUACUCGAAAGCAUUUGAUUUAGCCCUCUACCGGAGGACUGAGCUUUGAUGUAAUGCUGGGCACUUUGUAAAGUCUCUUCCUCCCUUAUACUUCUGCUCCUUUUGUUUAUACCUGGGCAUGAGAUGUGUCUGAUGACCCACUGAGCCACAUAAAGGAUCUCUGAAAAACAGAGACAAUGGCUGGGCCGACAGGCCCCUGAAGUGCACCUCUAGAUUGUGGCUGAGGCAAUAAACCUCUCCAUCACACUGCUCAUCACUGAUGUCCCCUCAGGAGGGCCUCCUUCCUUGGAGCUGGCACCUGUAGUGCUGCGGUUUGGGUUAAUGUGGUCUUGUUGAGGAGGAUGCUGUUUUUCAGUGUCUUCAGUUCCCGCCGUACUUUGAAAAAGGUGAGAAAUGCCUAUUGAUCAGUUGGCUGUGGGAGGAGGCCUUGCCAAAAUGACUCUAUAGGCACUCCCAGCAGAGCUCUUAUGUCCGCCGUGCAUGCUGACCAGAUCUGCACCCAUCCCAGGGUGCUUUUUAAUUGGAGUGGCUGUUCAAACCGUCGUGUGAUUUCACAGUUUUCAUUUUCCCCGACUAUACUCUAGGCUUCAGCUCUUUAAGUAGGAAAGAGAAUGGUUUACUUUUCAGUAUUCUCUUUUUCAUUCAAAAACAGCUCAUAGGAUGUUUUAAAGGAGUUCGAGCAAAUGAGAAUGGUUGACUCAGUUAUCUGUACUAGGGUAAAUUAGCAAUUAUUAAAAACAAAGGAAACUCUUUUGAUCCCCAUCACUAUAGAAUUACCAUCAAACUUACCUUCUUCGCUGAUAACAAAAGUUUGCCAAGUAAGCUGAUUCUGCUUGCUUCUCAAGCACCCAGGGAUAUUUUAAGAGAAGGGGCCAAUUGAAAGGGCUCUUUGAAAAGAAAAUACAGUGUUUAAUUCCCCACCCAUGAUUACCUAAGGCCUACUCCUUCUUGCUGCAGAAGCAACUUCUUGUAUGAGCUAGGACGCCACAUUCCAGCAAUCUGAUUCUUAUUAGCUAGGGCAUCCUGAGCAAAUAGCUUAACUAUUCUGUAUAAUCUGUAAAAUGGGAAGAAUAAUAAUGAAUUAAAUGAGGUAUUAUUUGUAAAGAGCUUUAAAAAUAUCUGAUACUAGGUGAACUCUGAUGAUUCUCCAUCAGGCUUUCCCUUAGGCAGCCUCUCAGUGCCAGGGUACCCCUUCCUCUAGGAUCUCCUCCGUGGUUCUUAAAUCAGGUGUGAAAGGGAGAAACCAGUAUAUUUUAAUAAACUGUCUUCCUGCUUCCUUGAGUAUUUGUGCUUAUUAUGACUAAAUAACAUCUGUAUAGACCUUACUGCUCACAAACAAUUUCUCCUUCUUUGUAGGGUUUUAUCCACCCUACAGGCCUGUGACGUUAAGAAAUGGUGAGAGAUGUGUUCACAAUAUAUCAUGCUUCCACCCCCUUUCUGAUAAAAUUAUCCACUAAUGCUAAUGAUAGAUUAAAGGACAAUACCAAAAAGCCAAGGCUCAGGUCAAAAAGGAGAUGGAUAUUUUUACAGACCAGCACAGACUGCAUAUACAACAUGGGGAAAAUGCCAUAGGGUUGCUGGGCUAUGAACCCAGUAACAGAGAAGCGGCAGCAGGGACUUGGCCUCUGUUGAGAAUAGUGUUACAUGUUUUCAUGUGAGAUAGAGGACUAAAAGCAGGCUCACAGCAUAAAACCAGGGACUGGAGUACAGCAUUCUGCUCACAGAAGCUAAAAUAUGCAGAUGGCCAAAAAACCCAAAAGACUUCAAUUGCUGCUUGAAUCUAUGGCUUAUGAUACAAGCAGGAUGCCUUAUGAGAAAAUGAUCAAAAUUCCUGCUUUGCAGCAAGCAACUAAACCAAGUCCCCCACAGCUUUCCUGACUGCAUGGCCAUAUCUCCAUAUCACAAUAGGUCAUUGGAAGACUUGGUUUGGAACAGAGGCCCAGGGCAUUGAGUGGGUGAGAAAGCGCUGGACGCAGAAUCACUGGACAAUGAGAAGUAUGUUUCCAUUGGAUUUAACAACAAGGAGUCUAUUGAUAAACUUAACCUUAGAUAGUUUCAUGGAAUUGCAGAUGCAAGUACCAGAAUAGAAUGGGAGGGUAACUGAGGGUAAAAGGAGGAGCUAGGCAUACUGAGUGUAGAUAUCUUUCUCAAGAAAUAUAGACUAUGCUUCUCCCAUACAGUGUCAGGUGCAGGAAACACUGAAGAGGCUUUGGCUGCCUAUAUGCGAAUGAAAGGGGCUGGUAUAGAGGGAGUGGUGGAAAGGUUCAAAAGGUGGGCUGAGGUAGCACAGACUGAGGCGUGACAUAGCAAGGUCCUGAGAAGAGGCCUGUGGUGCUUUGGACUAGAGGGACUUGGAAAUGGAGUCUUUUAUUAAGAAUAAUACAGAGUAACACAAGUUGCAAACUACCCCCCGCUUUACAUGAAAUUGCCAAAAGGUUGGAUACCAUGGGGACUGGGGUAAAUUGAGAUGGAUCUAUGCCUUAGGCACAGAGAUCUGUGAGGAGUGAGAGCUCCGAGUGAACAUGGGGUGGUGGGUGAAACUCAGAAGAGGGAAGGCUAGAGGAAGUGGCAGAUCAGAAUUUGUAGCACUUAAGGACAACCCAGAUGAAAUAGCUAAGAGUAGCAGAGUCCUGUGACAGGAAGAACCUCCACAUACUCAUUAGCACAUGAAGCAAACUCCCAGGUUUCAACAGCAAGUUUUGUUGCUGGUGAGGAUGGAGGAAGGGAUUCUGAAGGAACUAGAUUUUCUUUGUGAACAAGUGGGACUUGGAACUAGCAAGAUUUAUAUAUUAAUGCUAGUGUGACACUCAAACUUUUGAUCAUGCUUGGGAUGCAUUUGAAGCAUAUUUACUUAUAUAUCUGUCUCCGUCUAUUAGACUGUACAAUCCUGAAUGUAGAGACUAUAUCUUACUUGACAUGGUUGGUAGUACUUGUUGACUGAAAGAAUGGUGUGAAGGAUGUUAGCAAAUACUUCUCAAUUAGGUUUGUCAAGACUUGAAACAAUUAAUAUAAAAGACAAUGUGAAAAUCUGCAAAUAAACCUUAGCACUUGGAAUUAAAUAUUUGAAAGUUUUCUUUAGACUUUUGAACAAGAGCUUAUUCUUAAAAUUUUUCUAGGAUCACAUUUUCAAUGUAAUAACAUCUGUUUUGUUGGCAUUAAACUAAUAGACUUUUUUUUACACUGCCCUUGUGUUACUCUUAAGCCUUACCUGUAUGAUCCUACUAGAUACAAAUAAGAACAAUAUAUUGAAAUUAAGAAGAGAAGAUUUACAUGAUGAUAAUACCUUUUGGAUAUUUAUUUUUGGUACUAAGUGAUUCAUACCACAGGGAAAAUGACAAAGCUAAAUAUAUUAGAUAAAUUAUAGUAAUUAUUCUAUUACCUGUCUUUUAAAUGUUACUGAAUUUUAAAAUAUGAUCUCUCUAUUUGAUUUUGCAGAUGUCUCUUCACAUCUGUAAAAUAUGGAAUUAUGUUGGUCAGAAUUUUAUAUGAGCUAAAGCUUAUACACUUGAAUUUAAUAAACGAUGAAAGCCAGUGACUAGGAUAUUCCAUAAGUUGUGGGGAAAAUAUAAAUAUGGUAGCUACCCUUCAAGAUGACUUCUAAGAAUCUCUGCAUCCUGAUAUUCACAUUUGGUGUCAUCUAGUCCAUACUAAACGGCUCUGAGCUGUGUAAUUAACAAGACAAUGUGGGAAUGACAGUAUGUGAGUUUAGAGGCAAAGUCAUAAAAAUCAUGGCUUGAUCUUGUAUUACUUGUGAGGAAAGCCAGCUACUCAAGCCAGCUUGAGUGAGGACACUCAAGGAUCCCUGUGAAGAGAACCAUGUGACCAAAAAAAAAAAAAAGGAUCAAAUGACCAGCACUAAUUUGUCAGGCAUGUGAGUGAAUUCCCUUGAAAGUGGAUCCGCCAGCCCAGUCAAUCCUUCACAUGAUAGUAACCUGGGCUGACAAGUUGACUGCAACUUCAUGAAAGAUUCUGAGCAAAAAACCACCCAGAUAAAAUGGAUUAUUGACUCAGGAAACUGUGUGAGAUAAUACAUGUUUAUCAUUGUAUGCUGUUAAGUUUUGGGGUAAUUUGUUAUAUAGAAAUAGAUAACUAAUGCAGUGUUAUCAGAGAUACUUUCUAUUCCUCUUUACUUUUCCAAUUAAAUUGUCACUGCUUGCUGACACUAUUAGAAUCCAUGAAACCAAAACUGUUGAUAGUCCCAUGAGCAGGUGAUGAUUUGUACACAAGGAGUCUCUGCUCUUGUUCCAGGGCAGACAGAAUAGAAUAUAAAAUGAAAUACAUAAACAGUAUAAAUACCUAUAACAAUAUAAAAUAAGACCUAUAAACAAACAAACAAAAACAUGUUUCCUGUUACUGGCCUGGUGACAUUUGGGAGGUACGCGUGGGUGUUCUGGCCUUUAAGCUGUAAUUUCUAGUUGAUCUCAAGAAACAAUGUUACAAGUCGUGAAGGUUCAUUUUAUAUGUUGACUUGGCUGAGCCAUGGGGUGCCCAGAUAUUUGGUUAAACAUGAUUUUUGGGUUGUAGUGAGCACUUUUCUGAGUGAGAUUAACAUUUGAAUUCGUAGACUGAGUAAAACAGAUAGCCCUCUCCAAUGUGAGUGGCCUGAGCCAAUCUAUUGAAGGCCUGAAUAGAGUAAAAGGCUGAGUAAGAAAGAAUUCUUUUUCUUUGCCUGACUGUGUUUGAGCUGGAACAUAGAUCUCCUGUCUUCAAACUUGAACUCAGACUUAGACUGGAACUUAUACCAUCAGUAUUCCUACGUUUCCAGCUUGCUGAUUGUGGGCCUUAGACUUAGCUUCUAUAAUCAUGUU